GUGGAUACUGACCGAUGAUGACGACAACACGGCCGAUUCGUCAUGUGCUCUUACCGUACGACUUCCAGACAAAGAGCCAAAGAUCAUCAAGGGACUUGGUGAUCGUACCGUACCGGUUGGCCUGCCGACUAUCUGGGAAGUGGAGACCGAAGGAUCCCCUCGAACUGUUAAGUGGUACAAGAACGGUAAAGAACUGGCUGGUGCUGCUGCAGCGCAAGUGAAAAUCUCGAAGAUCGACGACAACCACUACGUGCUUGAGCUCACUGUGGAGCCGCAGUUGACCUUCCUCAAGCCACUCAAGGACCAAGAGAUCACCGAAGGCGAAAACGCGGAGUUCCAGCCUUCAUUUGCAGGUACAAAAACGGCCAGAGAUCGCUCAGAUCUCGCUCGUUAUUACGCGAAUAAGAUGAACAGGAAGCGGGAAGAAGAGACCAAAUACAAACUGGUCAUCAAGAAUGCUACCAGAGAAGAUGCCGCUGAGUAUAAGGUGGUACUCACCAACUCAGCUGGCGACGCCGAUUCAUCAGCGAAACUCACAGUCAAGAAGGCUAAACCAGGAAUCCCGAAGAUCAUCAAGGGUCUUGAAGACCAGGUAGUGGCUAAGGGCGCUUCAUUGGUGUUCGAAGUGAAAGUCGAAGGUGAAGUGGACGAGCUGCGCUGGAGUAAAGACGCCACACCUAUCACAGCUGGAGCCAAUGCUAUUAUUGAGAAGAUCGAUGACAAGACUUACCGAUUGACGAUUCCCAAGGCAGAUCUGGGCGAUGCCGGUCACUACUCUGUUGAGGCAAUCAACGAAACUGGAAAAGUGGUACUUUCGAAUAGCGCCGGUGAAUGUGAUUCGUCAGCUCAACUGACAGUGACGAAGCCGAAUAUCCUGAAAAUGCUACAAGGUCUUAAAGACAUUGACGUCGAAGAAGGCCAGCCAAUCGAAUUGAAGGUAAAAAUCGAAGGAACCCCGAAAACCGUCAAGUGGUACAAAAAUGGUGUGGAAUUGGCACCAACCGAUGCGGAGCUGAAGGAAAGUCCCGAAACUGGCGAGUAUUCGCUGGUCAUUCCGCAAUCAAAGAAGAGCGAUGGUGCCGCCUACCGUAUCACUCUGGCCAAUGACAGGGGUGAGAUCUACAGUGGCGCUGUGGCACACGUCAAGGUGCCGAAAGCCAAAGAGGUCACAACACCGGCCAAUUUCCUCUCACCACUGGAAGAUACCGAAGUUGUGGAAGGAGAAACGCUCACGCUGAAAUGUGUUGUAGCCGGUGAACCAUUCCCGACCCUUGUUUGGACCAAGGACGGUGUGGAGCUGGAGAAAGACGAGCGAGUCACGAUGCGUGUCGCUCUUGAUGGAACAGCCACGCUACGUAUUCGUGACGCACGCAAAUCAGACUUCGGACAGUACCGUAUCACCGCCAAGAACGACAGCGGAACAGAGUCCAGCAGUUGUCAGGUAACCGUCAAGGACAAGGGCGAAGAGCCAUCCAAACCACGUUUCAUCAUUCCACUGAAAUCAUGUGAAGCUGAGAUUGGUGAAAAGAAGGAGUUCGAAGUGAAAUUGCGAGGAUUCCCCAAAAGCCCAACUCUUUUGAGAGUAAAAUUGGAAGCUAGUGAGGGUAUCGAAAUUCGAAACACCUCUGAUGGAGCCUGUCGUGUGCGAAUCGCCAAAUUCGGAAAGGAAGACGUCGGUGUCUAUCUGUGCGUGGCCAAGAAUCCACUCGGUGUGCCGGCCAAGGUCGAUCGUAUGUCUGUGAAGGUGAUGAAGGCGCUUAUCGAUGUGUGGCCUCAAAUGAACACGGAUCCAUCAACACCGGUUGUAUGGUCACAGUCAAGGUGCCAAAGGCUGAGGCAAAGAAAGAAGGCGAAGAGCCGUUCUUUACCAAAGGACUUGUUCGACAUUUGGACCGAUCGUGGUGAAUCAUUCACGUUGAAAUGCGCUGUUCAAGGCGAUCCCUUCCCGGAGAUCAAAUGGUACCGCAACGGAAUCCUGGUACGUGACUCUCCAAGGACGACGAUCGAAACGUCUGCGGAUGGCAGCUGCACCUUGACAGUAAAGGAAUGCACGAUGAGUGACGAAGUCUCACUUGGCAAAGGCGAUAUGCCGAAACUCGAAAUGGGAUCACCUCCAAGGUUCAUCAUCCCUCUCGAAGACCAGACAGUUCUCAUCGGUGGAGUUAUCGAUCUCGAAUGUAAGGUCACCGGAGAACCGAUGCCGCAGGUGAAAUGGUCCAAGGAUGGUGGCCCAAUUUGGGAAGACUCACGUUACGAAUGGGACAUCGAUGAGGCAAAGGUGAGUACCAUCUCAAAGCAGCUCUGGGAGAACUACGGUGGCUCAAAAAUCUCCGCAACCCCUUGA